GCAACUUGAAUAGCGCCAACAGCGAUAAACCAAGAUGGCGGCGGGCAGUAGCACUACUUGUUCGUCUUCAAAUUCAGAUACAAGUCAACAAGUUGAUCGAAUAGCUCAGUUAUACCCUAAAGUAGACGAAUCAGAGACUACUUUACCUCGGUCUUGGUCUCCCAAAGACAAAUUUACCUUUAUAGGGCUUUCUCAAAACAAUCUCAGAGUACAUUACAAAGGUGUGGGGAAAACUCACAAAGACGCGGCUUCGGUUAGAGCGACACACGCUAUUCCGGCAGCAUGCGGUAUUUAUUAUUUUGAAGUGCGAAUUGUUAGCAAAGGACGCGAUGGGUACAUGGGCAUUGGAUUGUCGGCUCAAGGAGUCAACAUGAAUAGAUUACCAGGUUGGGAGAAGAAUUCAUACGGUUACCAUGGAGAUGAUGGUCACUCGUUUUGCUCGUCUGGGACAGGGAAGCCUUACGGUCCUACCUUCACAACAGGAGACGUCAUUGGUUGUGGUGUUAAUCUUAUUGAUAACACUUGUUUUUAUACAAAAAAUGGAGUGAACCUCGGAAUUGCUUUCACAGACCUACCAGUAAGUACAAUACAGCAACAUCCAAACUUGUAUCCAACUGUUGGUCUCCAAACUCCUGGGGAAAUAGUAGAUGCAAAUUUUGGACAACAGCCUUUUGUUUACGACAUAGAAGAAGUUAUGAAGGAGGUUCAUGCUCGGACAAGACAUACAAUACAAACAUUUCCAUUUACAGACAAAGAGGGUCUUUGGCAGACAACACUACAAAAAAUUGUGUCAACAUACUUGGUCCAUCAUGGCUAUUGCGCUACUGCAGAGGCUUUUGCUAAGAGCACUGGACAGUCAUUUACUGAGGAGCUGGCUUCCAUCAAGAACAGACAACGAAUACAAAAGCUCGUUCUUGCAGGCAGAAUAGGAGAAGCUAUCGAAACAACACAGACACUAUACCCAGGACUCUUAGAACGAAACCCAAACUUGCUUUUCCUUUUAAAAUGCCGGCAAUUUGUGGAAAUGGUUAGUGGAUGUGACAGUGAUGUGCGGCCUGCAGCCCAUAGUCCUCGUUCAAGCCCUAAUGUGAGUCCUUCACACUCGUACAGUGCAACAUCAGUUGGAAGUAUGGGAAGCAGCUCAUCUUCAGCUACAAAUGGAUUUGUUUCUAAUGGCACUUGUAUAGACAAUGGAUUUGAGGCUGAUAAUAUGCCAAUGGAAGUGGAAGAUUUUGAAGAAUCACCUAGUCAUGGAGUUCUUAAUGGAACAGCAAAAAUGGAUGAGAGUGAUCAUAGUCCCAGUAGAGAAUCAAGACAAACUUGCUGUCACAAUAGAACUGUACUUGAAAAAAUUUUAACAUUUGGAAGAGAACUACAAAAUAUGAGCAUUCAGCUGAGAAGAGAACAUGGAAAGAAUGAAACGAACAAGAAAGCUCUGCAAGAAGCAUUUAGUCUUUUGGCCUAUACUGACCCAUGGAGUAGUCCAGUUGGUUAUCUUUUAGAUCCUGUGCAGAGGGAACCAAUAUGUUCAUCUUUAAAUAGUGCUAUUUUAGAUUCUCAUCACUUACCCAGAAAACCGCCUCUGGAUUUAGUCUUGGGACAAGCUCAAGAAUGCUUGAAACUCAUGUCAAAAACUGGACUAGGUGCCUGUGCAUUUGCUAGUGUUGAAGAGUACAUGUAACAGUGGCCUUCAUGCUUAUUUGUAGAUAAAGUUCUUAUUUUAUAACAUUACUUGACAGAACUUGAAAUAGGACAACAUUUAGUGUACACUAAUUAAUUAUUCUAAUGUUCCUAAUGUGGCAAGGUGUACAUGUAAGAACUCAUGAUGUGUCUUAGGUAGAUUUCCCUUUCUGCCUCUGAAUUUCACUGUAAUUUUUAUAAACCAGCCUUAUAAGGACGCAGUCAGCUUUGGGACCACGCUGACCUGGACACUAGCUUUCUCACUUUGAAAAGAGUUCACCUCAACCUUACAUCAAAGUACAUCUGGAAAUCCACUUCAAUCUUCACAGUGUUUUGCUUGAUUUUCAAUCGUUUACUGAAAACCUGUUUUUGAGUGUGCUUUUGCUCAUCGUAUGAUAUUAUUUGUAUCAUACAUGUAUUUGGUUAAAAACAGUAUGGAUCACACCUCUGUGAUAUGCAAAUAAGCUAUGAAAUGGUAGCCUGUAGUACAGGCAGAUUAGUGGGCUCUAGUGCGAUGCACAAGUGUGCGCGAAGCGCGAGAACGAGAGCGAAGCACGAGGCAAGAAAAAUCCGCCUGUAGUCACACCAUUGUUUAUGCUCUACCGCCCCCUUGAAAUGAUUGGCAUGAAAGAAUGAGAGAGAACAAAGCAAUUCAAUUUGCUGUUGCAAAAAAAUGUCUCAAAUAACCAAUUAACAAAUGUAUACAUGCUGCAAAACAGUCAACAGACGUGAACAUCUAAAUUUAGCAAAAUUUAAAUCAUGUUGUGCUGAAACGAACAAAGGAGGUAUAAACCUAAACAUCGAGCUCAGGAGACGAAAAGCUCGAACAAAUU